GUUACUGUGAGUUGCAAAUUCAACCGAAGAAAACCUUUGUUUAGGUUUUAAUUGAUAUCGUGUUGAAACUUGUAAACAAAAUCUAAACCAAUUAGAUGCCCAACUUAGAAAUUAAAGUUAGUGAUGAUUUGUAUUCUUUAUUUUAGCUUGUUCGACGUUUCUUAUUCUAAUUGCACACGAGGGAUUAUGUGUUGUGGUAAUAUUUUCAUUGUUUAUUGAAACAUAAAUUGAGUUAAUGAAAAAUAUGAAAUCCUGGAUUUGGUUUGUUACUAAUAUAGUGGAAUGAAUGUUUGUGAGGGGUAGAUUGUCUCCCAUGAUGUGUUUAUGUUAUUUACUGAGAGAAAAUUGAAAAACAAUUAGAUAUCACUUUUAUAUUUCUUGUUCUCAUCAUCGUCAUCAAAGAUUAGAUGAAGGGAUGCUAUCAAUUAAAAACAUUUUGAUAACCAAGAGGUAGAAGUAGAUUGGGAAACCAAUUAAAUUAGCUGCUCAUAUGAAAAUUGGAAGAAAUCUGAUUAAUCUCUUCUUUAUCAAAACCACGAGCAGAGAGAGUGAACCUUGCCUCCAAUUUCUUUCCUUCUCGAGCAGCAAUGGUGAUUCAGUCAAAUUGUGGGUUUCUAUCACUGGCAAGGAGAGAUUUUGGUGAUGAUUUUUUAAUGAAUUCAAAAUUUGAAACCUAUGGUUUCAUAAAUAAAGGGAAUCUGAUUAGUUUUUGCGUAUCCAUGAAGAGGGGUAACAGAAAAAAGUAUUAUGCUGCAUCUGAGGCUUGGAAGAAUGAAGGUGGAUGAAUGAUUUAAGCUGUGGUUUGUGGUUCCUAAUGCUGAUGAGAACGAUAUAGUCAUGCCUGUUUGCUCAUUGCCAAAGGUUUACACUAUGUGUCAUCAAAAUUGCGGAGUUAAUCUCCCUGUGGGUGAUUCCCUGUUUUCAUAGCAGAUACGUUUUGCUAUAAAGUUCAUCUUAAGAAUUUUCUUAGAUUACGUGGUAGACAACUCAAAGUAAUAUGUGGCAUUUGUGUUAUUUGUAUACUGAAUAGACUUUUGUUUGCUCCCGAAGUUUAAAGUAAUAUGCUCAAAGCGUAUGCUUUUUGUCUUUUCACAGGUAGUUCUAUUGUAAAUAUUUUGUUUGUAUCUGCACUCAUCUAUAUUGAAUACAGGAAUCCGGUGGAAUGAUUGAUGUCAGUAUCUCCCUAAUCAAGGAUGGGGAUAACUCUUCGCUGGUUUAGCUCUAACUCUAUGAAGGUAAUGCUUCUGCAACCGAGGAAUGCAUCAUCAAGGAUUGGGAGACAAGCAUACCAGUAACCAGCAGUGCAUCAGUAAAGGCAUAUUGCAAGUGAAAUGGAGAUGGGGGUUGUUGUACAUUGCAAGAAUCUAUACACACUCCCACACGUUGGAAACUCGCCUCAGAUGAAGUCAAACCCAUUACAACACGCCGAAACAUCCCAAACUAACAAGACAAUCCCGAGAAUAUUUCCAUCAUAUUAUAUAUAUCCUUCCAUGUUUUAGUUCUGAACCACGUGAACUCCUUAUUCUUCGAUUCUGACUCACCUACCACUCCUGUUUUGAUGAAACAUGAGAAUAUGGAUCCUAUCCCGUGAAAAACUCCGACCAGCACUCGACCAAAAUUUCUUACAGAGUCCUGGGUACGUGACAUUCCCUGUUUUCUUCCAAUUUGAUUACCCAGCCCAAUUCCUUCGAAUUCAAUGCCCGUAUAAUUCCUAGAUGGCGAGACUCGAUUACUGAGCAGAGAAAAUUCGAAGGUAUACAAAGACUUGAAAAAUAUCAUGGGUUGAGAAGAGAAAAUCCGCCUAUGUUUUUAGGAUGCACUGUCACCCUUCUGCUAUCAGUUUCUCUCCUUUAUUCAUUAAUUCUUGAUUCAGAAUCAUAGGGUGUGUUACAGAAUUGGCCACCACAAAACAAUGACGCUUAUGGGGAACAUCUUGCCGAUGUCACCGUAUUUCAAUAAUUGUACUAAAAGUUUCCCAUUGGGAAAUGCAUGGGCCAAAAUAACAUUAUGGUCCCAUUUCAUCCAGAAACUAUUAUUUAUUGACUUCUACUUGACUGUCCAGAUGACAAGAUGAUGACAAUGAAUAGUUCACAACCCAAUCAGAGAAGAAAGCAAAAAGUUAUUUGCUUUUAAGAUUCCUCGUUGGUCCCUUUUUAGUAUUAUAAAGUUGGAUUAGUAUCACUGUGUAUGUGUAUAUCUCUGCACUGAAGUUACAUAUGGCUUCAGAGUUGAUCUAAAUAGCUAUUCCGAGGAUUCUCUGAGGAGUAACAGGAAGAAGGAGACACACCAUCAAUAUGGGAAGGACAAUUCAUAUUUAUGGAUUUCCUUCUUAUGUGACAGCGGAACUCAUCAAGGACUUCCUAGAGGAUUACACCGGCAAGGGAUCUGUGUAUGCUCUACAAGUUACAAUACCAAAAAAUAAGGGGCCAAAUCCCAGAGCAUAUGCAGAUAUACAGUUCACAACUACCCAGAAUGCUGAUUAUAUGUCUUUGUUGAUUAAUCAACCCCAACGCCUAUCCUAUGGCACAUCUUAUCUCAAAGUUUUUGGCAGGGAUCGGGAUAUCAUACCCAAGCCUAGGGUCUCGAUGUUCCAUCUCAAGGUUCCAACUCUGCAUUUUGGAUGCCAGGUUUCAAAUGAUUGUUUUUAUACUCUUUGCAAGACUAAGGACGUCUCAGUGGAUUUUGGGUUUGGAUUCCGUAAAUUGUGCUUUCUCUUGUCUUAUAAAGAUCCCUUGAAGAUAAAGCCUGUAAACUAUAAGCUUGAACUUUCUUAUGAGAGCAUUUGGGAAAUCCAGUUGCGCCGACCGAAGAACUUAAGCUCACAAUUUCUCAUAAUUCAGAUGAAUGCUGCUCCUAGAGUUUAUGCAGAACCACUCUCCUCGUUAGGAAAUGCAGGCAGGGAUUUACAAUAUUUUAUGCAUACAUUUGAUGAUCAGUGGGUAAGAACUACUGAUUUCACUGAAUCGUUUUCUAUUGGGCAGUCCUCCGCAAUGUGUUUGAAAAUUCCAUAUGGCUGUAAGCUUCCAAACUUCCGUGAAAAUUUCCAUUAUUAUACGGAAGAUGAGGGUUGGUUCACAAUGCAGCCCGGUUCGACAGUUUCUCGAAGCUUGGAUCUAGUUCCUUUUGUUGAGCCUCCUGAUGGACAUAAGCUGCGAUAUGAUAUUUUGUUUAAGGUUAAUUCCUUGGUUCAGACUGGCUGCCUUUCUGGGCCAACACUUGAUGCCAAUUUUUUCCGUAUGGUUGACCCUUUCUCUCACUCUGUCAACCAUAUAAUAUGUGCCCUGGAGAAACUGUUUCACUUGAAAGACUGUUGUUAUGAACCUGUUAGCUGGCUUUCUGAGCAGUACUUGGAGUACAGCUUAUCAGCAAACCUUCCUAGAUCAACUUCGAUUUCCUUGUCUGACGGGCUGGUUUAUGUUCGCAGGGUGCAAGUAACACCCUUGAAAGUAUACUUCCUGGGUCCAGAGAUUAAUGUUUCCAAUAGAGUUUUACGCUAUUAUCGUGAACAUAUCGAUAAUUUUAUCCGUAUUUCUUUUGUUGAUGAAGACUCAGAAAAAAUCCGUUCAACUGAUUUAUCCGCGCGUGCAACAAUGAAUGACGAGAAAAAGCAAACUUUGCUUUAUGGAAGGAUACUCUCUACUCUGCGUAAUGGCGUAGUUAUUGGUGAUAAGAAGUUUGAAUUUCUUGCCUUCUCAGCAAGUCAGCUACGUGAUAAUUCUGCAUGGAUGUUUGCUUCAAAAGGUUUGCUAACAGCAGCUAGUAUCAGGGACUGGAUGGGUGAUUUUCGGGAGAUUAGAAAUGUGGCGAAAUAUGCAGCAAGACUAGGACAAUCUUUUGGUUCCUCGACAGAAACAUUAAGUGUUUCUAGGGAUGAAAUUGAAAAGAUUGAUGAUGUCGAGAUUGAAAGCAAUGGAAAUGUAUACACAUUUUCUGAUGGGAUUGGAAAGAUUUCUUCUGAAUUUGCACAUAAGGUGGCUAGUAAGUGUGGUUUGAAAUGUACGCCGUCUGCCUUUCAAAUUAGGUAUGGUGGGUAUAAAGGUGUUGUCGCCGUAGAUCCAAGAUCUGUGAAAAAGUUAUAUUUGAGACCAAGCAUGCGUAAGUUCAAGUCAAAGGUAACCAAACUAGAUGUUCUGUCGUGGAGCAAGUUUCAGCCGUGUUUCCUCAAUCGUCAAGUAAUCAGCCUUUUGUCUACUCUAGGCGUCAACGAUUACGUGUUUGAAAAGAAGCAACAAGAAGCAGUCGACCAACUGGAUUCAAUUUUAACUGAUCCAUUAAAGGCGUACGAAGCACUUGAGAUCAUGUCCCCAGCAGAAACCACAAAUAUCCUCAAGGAAAUGCUUUUGUGUGGUUACAAGCCUGAUCAAGAGCCAUUCCUUUCAAUGAUGCUUCAAACAUUUCGCGCAGCAAAGCUGUUAGAGUUGCGGACUAGGACAAGGAUAUUUGUUCCAAAGGGAAGAUCAAUGAUGGGAUGUCUAGAUGAAACAGCAGCCUUGGAGUAUGGACAGGUAUUUGUCCAGGUUUCUCGCCUUGGUCGCAAUAAACUUUGUGGGGAUUCCUCCUCUAUGCUUAAUGGGAAUGGACCAGCAGACACUGUUCUGGUACUUGGGAAGGUAGUCGUUGCUAAAAAUCCAUGCCUGCACCCUGGUGAUAUGCGUGUCUUGCAGGCUGUCAAUGUGCCAGCAUUGCACCAUAUGGUGGAUUGUGUUGUAUUUCCUCAAAAAGGACAAAGACCCCAUCCAAAUGAGUGUUCUGGGAGUGAUUUGGAUGGUGAUGUAUACUUUGUCUGCUGGGACCAAGAACUUAUUCCCCUUCGUCAAGUCGAGCCUAUGGACUAUGAUGCAUCACCUGCUAUUGAAUUAUAUCACAAUGUGCAGAUUGAGGAAGUUGAGGAGUACUUUGCAAAUUACAUGAUAAAUGACAGCUUAGGAGUCAUCGCCAAUACCCACACCGCCUUUGCUGAUAAGGAGCAGCUGAAGGCAGAGAGUAAGGAAUGCAUAGAACUCGCCAAGCUAUUUUCAAUUGCUGUCGACUUCCCUAAGACAGGUGUGCCCGCAGAAAUUCCUCCUCAUUUACGCGUCAAAGAAUACCCAGACUUCAUGGAAAAGCUUGAUAGACCAACUUAUGAGUCAAAGCGAGUGAUGGGCAAACUUUUUAGGCAGGUCAAAGAUAUUGCUCCCCACACCAACCAUAUAAAAUCCUUCACUUUGGAGGUGGCAAGGAAAUCAUAUGAUGCAGAUAUGGAAGUUGAUGGGUUCGAGGAUUACUUAGAUGAUGCUUGGUUCCACAAAGGAGAAUUUGACUACAAGUUGGCUAACCUGAUGGAUUAUUAUGGGAUCAAAACUGAGGCUGAGAUCCUUGGUGGAAGUGUAAUGAAAUUGUCCAAAUCAUUUAAUAUGAGGAGAGACGCAGAAUCGAUUAGUCUGGCAGUUAGAGCUUUAAAAAAAGAAGCAAGGACGUGGUUCGAUAAAAAGAGUAUUUUUAACUCGGGUUCUCAGGAAGAUGACGAUAUCUAUGCAAAGGCUUCAGCGUGGUAUCACGUGACGUACCAUCCAAGUUACUUCGGAAACUACCGUCAAGAGAAGAGUCGGGAACAUUUCCUUAGUUUCCCCUGGUGUGUUUAUGACAAACUGAUUCACAUCAAGAAGAACAAUAGCAUGAGAAGGAAACACAACUGGUCACUGGAAGACCAAUUCACGAGCAGUCUAAUAUUAAGCUAAGAGGUCAAGUAAGUUGUCCUCCAAUCAUCCGCUCUUUUAAGGUUCUAUGCAGAUUUGGGUAUGUUUCUUAUCGUACUAGGCCAUGUCAGUGUUGAAGUACAUUGUACAUAGAAUGUUUAUAGGUACUGCGCCAUUUAUAGGCUUACAAGACUAGAGAAUAAGUUGGGAAGUUUUCAAUUUUAGUCUCUUUUGCGUCUCCAGUUGCCUACACUUCCAGUUGUUUUCCAUCUCCCAGUUUGUAAAAAUUUGCUGCAUCUCACAUCCCGCAUUGUAGACUGUAGUUGCAGAUCACAUUGUAAUAUUCAUUGCAUGCAACAAGUUCCUUUGGUUUUUAAUGGAUUUCCAAGUAUUUUCUGUUUAAGGUAAA